AUGGGAGAGUUAGUAUUGUUCAUCGAAGAUAAUGAUUUAAAACCAAGCUUAUCUUGCUGCAGAAUCUGUCACGGAGAAGAAGCAGAGAGAUACUUUGAAGCUCCUUGUUCUUGCUCAGGAACCGUCAAGUUCGCUCACAGAGAUUGCAUACAACGGUGGUGCGAUGAGAAAGGAAAUACAGUUUGCGAAAUCUGUCUCCAGGACUACAAACCUGGAUAUACGGCCACACCUUCAAAACCAUCUCGAUUGGUUGAAGCAACUGUCACAAUCAGAGAUAAUUUACACAUAGCGAGGAGAGACAACGGAAGAAGAAGAAAUAGAAGAUUAGUGGAUAGAGCUGAAUCAGAUUUUACAGAGUGCAAUGCUGAUGCUGACAGAGGUGCCUCUUGUUGUAGAUAUUUGGCUCUCGUUUUAUCAGUGGUGUUGUUGAUAAAGCAUGCGUUUGAUGUGGUUUUUGGAAGUGAGGAAUAUCCCUACACGAUUUUCACGGUAUUAACAUUGAAGGCCACUGGAAUACUAUUGCCGAUGCUCGUUAUCAUUCGGACCAUCGCAGCUUUUCGGAGGAGUCUCCGAUAUCAAUAUCUCGAAUCUGAAGAAGAUACGUUGACGACCUCUGAAGAAGAAGAUUAUGGCUUGGAUGAGGUAGAAGAACAACGACAUUUGGCUUGA